AUGAAAGACCUUGUGAUAAAUGGAACAGAAAAGGGCAAAUUGGAACGCCGUUCAGUUCCAGUGGUGAACAUUGCCGAUGUCGAGCGAGAAGCUCUGAAGCGCAUACCGAAACACUCUCUGGACUACUACCGCAGUGGGGCGGGCGAUGAGAUUACCCUUGCGGAGAACUGCCUCGCUUUCAAUCACCUCCGAAUUCGGCCCCGCUUUCUGCGCGACAUGAGCACCCGAGUGACGGCCACCACAGUGCUGGGCAUUCCAGUGGCCUUUCCCGUGCUGGUGGCGCCCACGGCCAUGCAACGCAUGGCGACGCCUCUCGGCGAGGUGGCCAAUGCACUGGCCUGCGAGGCAGAGGGCACCAUCAUGACGCUGUCCACCAUUAGCACCUCAUCGCUGGAAGAGGUGGCUCACGCGACGCCCAAUUCGCCCAAGUUCUUCCAGCUGUACAUCUACCGAGACCGAGAGCUAACACGACGACUGGUAAAACGGGCAGAACGCGCCGGCUAUCGAGCUCUGGUGCUCACCGUAGACACGCCUUUCUUCGGACAGCGAUACGCUGAUGAGCGUAAUCACUUCAAACUGGACGCCCACCUGAAGAUGGCCAACUUUGAGGAGGAGGACAAGGAGGCCAGCGAGCGGAUCAAUCGCGUGGAAGCCAAUCUGAAGUCAGGCUCGUCUGGUCUGGCAGAGUACGCCAAUUCGCUCUUUGAUCCGUCCAUCACCUGGGACGAUAUAGCCUGGCUAAAAUCCAUCACCAGUCUGCCCAUUGUUGCAAAGGGUGUGCUUACGCGAGAAGACGCUUUGAAGGCGCUAGAGACGGGAUGCUCGGCCAUUCUCGUGUCAAACCACGGUGGACGACAGCUGGACACUGUCCCGGCAACGAUUGAAGCUCUGAUUGAGGUGGUUGACGCCGUCCAGGGCCGUUGUGAGGUGUACCUCGACAGUGGAGUCCGUCGUGGAACAGACGUCUUUAAGGCGCUGGCCCUCGGAGCACGAGCUGUUUUCAUUGGGCGACCGAUGGUCUACGGACUGGCAUAUGAUGGCCUGGCUGGAGGUCGGAAGGUGCUGCAGAUGUUUCGAAGAGAGUUUGAGCAGACAAUGGGCUUGGCUGGUUGCGCCACUCUUGCCGAGAUUCAGCGAUCAAUGAUCGUUCCCGCGGGAUAUCUCCUGUCAAAACUGUAA